UUUCUUGUGCGAAUUGUUCUCGUCGUUAGGCCGUUGUGAUGUUCGAAAAAGUUUUUGACGUGGAUAUGAGAGUCACACUCGAAAAAUCUCAAGUAUGAUAUUCGAAAAAUGGAAAACUUGAACUUCGUGACUGUUCUGCUGUUUCUCAUCUUCCAGGAAUGCAGUGAAGCUGAUAUAUCCUUAUGUCCCCUGGACUUCUACCACGAAAAAAAUACUGAGAAAGUAGAACAGGAUAGAGAAGAGCUAGCGACCGGCUUGACGAUUCGCGACAUUCUACCCAUAGACCCGAGUAAAUAUGACAAAAUGAGGCCUCCCAAGAGGGACGGAAAUCCCACUAUUGUUCAUUUCCACGUCACCGUGAUGGGACUGGAUAGUAUUGACGAGAAUUCCAUGACGUAUGCGGCAGAUAUUUUCUUCGCCCAAACCUGGAAGGAUCAUCGUUUGAGGCUACCAGAAAAUAUGAGCACUGAGUAUAGGCUUCUGGAGGUGGAAUGGUUGAAGAACAUGUGGAGACCUGAUUCGUUUUUCAAAAACGCCAAAUCCGUGACUUUCCAGACGAUGACUAUUCCAAAUCAUUAUAUGUGGCUGUAUAAGGACAAGACUAUCUUAUAUAUGGUUAAGUUGACAUUGCGCCUUUCAUGUGCUAUGAAUUUCAUGAUAUAUCCCCAUGACACUCAAGAAUGCAAGCUUCAAAUGGAAAGCUUAUCUCAUACAACGGACGAUAUGAUUUUCGAAUGGGAUCCAGAUGUCCCUCUGGUGGUUGACGAAAACAUCGAACUACCCCAGUUAGCUUUGGUGAAAAAUAACACUGCUGACUGCACACAAGUGUAUUCGACUGGAAACUUUACGUGUUUAGAAGUAGUUUUUGUACUGAAGAGGAGAUUGGGAUAUUAUUUGUUCCAUACCUAUAUUCCUACUUGUCUUAUAGUCAUCAUGUCGUGGGUUUCCUUUUGGAUAAAGCCAGAAGCAGCUCCUGCCCGUGUCACUUUAGGGGUCACAUCUCUGCUCACACUCUCAACACAGCAUGCAAAAAGUCAAGCAGCGUUACCACCCGUUUCAUAUUUGAAAGCAGUUGAUGCCUUCAUGUCAGUGUGCACUGUAUUCGUCUUCAUGGCUCUAAUGGAAUACUGCCUAGUGAACAUCGUACUUGGCGACUCUGACGCUCCGAAACCACCCCCUAAGAAAACGAAUCCACCUCCCAACAAUGUCUUCGAGAUGGUCUCCAAAGAUAAUUCUUUGCUGCUUGCCGCCCCCAAGUCAGCACAACCACCUGCUAACUCAGCACACAAACAAAGGACGAGAGCCAUCAAUAUUGAUCGGUUUUCCAGAGUCUUCUUUCCUUUGCUGUUUACUAUUUUGAACUGUACCUACUGGAUACUUUUUGCAGAAUACAUAUAAGUGAUUUUGAAGUGAGAAUGGGCAGUUUGGAUCUAAUGACCAUUAUUGUUUCGCAACUAGAAUAUUUUUCUCUAUUCAAUUCAGCCGUUGGAGUUCAGGAAGUAAUUUUUAACGAAGCUGAUGAUAUAAUCGGGAAGCUAACGGUUGAGGCGUUUUUUAUUCGAAUAUAAAAAUAUUAUUUGCUCUUCUAUAAAUCAUUUUGAUUCCCUCAACCAAAACAACUUACUUACAAACAUACCGAAGAUUUUUGAAAGUGGUCAAGUGGUCUAAAGGGGUGAUCUUGCAGGACACCUGACAGAACCAUGUGUUCCACUCCAUGAAAAUCUCCCGUCAAGUCAAAAAGUGCCGCUUUGUGAGGAUUUCGUAUUAUUAUAAAGAAGAAUAGGAGGUGUACCAUAAGUCUGUGUCACCCGGUAUAGUGAUGGAGUACCUAUUUUAUUCUGAUGUUUUUUGAUACAGUAACGUUUACUUAUAUUGUGAUUCCUAUAUGAUAUUGAUUUGUUCAUAUAACAUUGUGACAUUUUAUUCUUCAGUUGUUGAGCAUUAUUAUGAUGUUGUAAAUAAGGUGAUAUAUUUUGUUGAAUUCUGUCAUAAUAAUUCAAGUAUGGUAUGCAUUAUAACAAUUUUGAUUCGGACAAAUCACAUAUAGGCUUUGAUAGCCUUCUGGUAUUAUACAUAAAUCGUUACAAUUCAAAAAUGAAAAUAAUUCAGAGAACCUCCAUAAAACGGUUAUGCAAUCUUUGUUUAUUCAGCAACAUGUUCAAAUUUAUUUGUCGUUUUCCUGUGAACGGGUUACCAUGAGCUGAAUUUGUAACCAAGCGAAGGGAAACUAUGAAAUAUAAAUACUGACUGAAGAUGAACAGUACUGACUUUUUCAAGGAUCAACGCGAUCUUGAUAGGUUAUAUUUUCUCCAGACUGCUCAUUUUUUUGUUCAAGUUUUCGAAGUAGAUUUAUCAAUGAGGCAAUAGGUUAAAAAAUACUUGAAAAUGUAAAGAUUCAGUGAUUUGUUAUAAAUAAAGGUCAAUGAAAAUGUCAA